AUGUUUUGGUCUGACUAUUGACAUCAUUUUUAAUAUUGAAUCAGAUUUUACAUUCAGUUACUACUCAGUACUCAAGUUGUUGUUUUUGAUCAAAUACUUUUUACUCAUACUUAAAUUAUUUCUAGGGAGCCGGUUAUUGGUUUGACUUGAGUAUAUAUAUGAUUUCAUUUUGCUUUUACUUGAGAACGAAUAUGGUUUCAUUCUGGCUUAAUUUCUGCGCUGGAAUUUGAGGUAGGGUUGUAGUUCUGACAAGGAGCCAACAGGUGGCGGCAUUUAACAAUCAUGACCCCAGAUUCAAGUCACAAACCAAAACCAAACUGUUUUCCUCUGAUUUGUCCUGCUGGCUGUACACAUAGGCUGUACAGAUCAUACAGAUGGAGUUUUUAAACAAAAGAAGAAGACAAUGUCAUCUGUGAUUGGCCUUUAGAAAAAAAGGAAGUGACGCACCUUUCUAGAACAAACUAUUAAGCGGGAUUGAAAACGUCCAUAAGUACCACCUGUUGAAACAGAAAACGAGUUAUAGAUUUAGAUAUUUUGCACGGAGAAGAAUACAUGAAGACCGUAUCAAGACGGAACUGAAAGGUUGUUUUUGUGAGUGUUUGAUAUUCAGCUAUGAAUCAGCUUCUGCAGGACGUUCUUGCAAGGGAAAGUUUACCACCAGGGGAGGAUGAAACUCAAAGGCCAGCUGUCCAGCAGCACAUUGAAAACACUGCUAAACCUGAAAUUACUGGACCGGUUCCAGCUCCUGACCCAAGCUGUGUGUCCAUGAAAAGUGACUGGUCCAUGCAGUCUCCUCCGUAUUUCAGUGCAUCUGUUCAUGAGAGAAAUCAUCAAAGAAAAGGUUUACUUUCCUUUCAACCAAAUAACAGUGACGGCCAUCUAAAGGGAUGUGAACCUCCUACAAAGAAGAGGAAACUGGACUGUUCAGACUGCACUGAACCUGAUCUCGAACCUGCAUUCAAAAAUAGUGAUUCACGCUCCAGAGAUGGACUCCAUGAUGCAAACCACAGAUUUGAAAAUGAGAGCAUGAGGUUUACCAGGCACCAAUCAACCCAGCAGCAUCUCAACUCCAUUUUUAUGGUUUUGGAGGAAAACAUUGUUGCUUUUGUGAAGAAUGAAUUGAGUCACAUUUCUAAGGCUGUGGCUUCAGGUUGCCCAGAAGACGGUCAAAGCAAUGUGAAGGAUGUGUCGAAGGGUGAGGAUGAAGAGCAGAAGAGGAGCAGCAGGGAGGCAGUUCUGAAACUUGCCAUGAACUUCCUGAGGACGAUGAAGCAGGAAAAGCUGGCUGACCUUCUACAAUAUGGGACUAGUGCUGCAGUUGGUCAACGUAAGCUUAAAACUAAGCUGAAAAAGAACUUCCACUGUGUGUUUGAAGGGAUUGCUAGAACAGGAAACCAAACCUGUCUGAAUCAGAUUUACACGGAGCUCUACGUCACAGCGUGCGGGAGAGCGUCAGUCAGCAAUCAACAUGAGUUCAUGCAGAUCGAAACCGUGAGCAGAAACCCAGACAAAGGAGAAACCAAAAUCACGCACGAACAAAUUUCUGAGAGUUCUCCUGAAAAACUUCGGCCAAUCAGAGCGGUGAUAACGAAGGGAGUGGCUGGCAUUGGCAAGACAGUCCUGACACAGAGGUUCGCUCUGGACUGGGCUGAAGACAAAACCAAACAGGAUGUCCACUUUGUGUUUCCAUUCAUGUUCAGAGAACUGAAUGUGCUGAAAGAGAAGAAGUUCAGUUUGAUGGGUCUUGUUCAUCACUUCUUUACUGAAACCAAAGAAAUCUGCGACUUUGAAAAGUUCCUGGUUGUUUUCAUCUUCGACGGUCUGGAUGAAUGCCGACUUCCUUUGGACUUUCACAAUGAGAUCCUGACGGAUGUGACGCAGUCUGCGUCAGUGGAUGUGCUGCUGACGAAUCUCAUUAGAGGGUACUUGCUUCCUUCUGCUCGCCUCUGGAUAACCACGCGUUCUGCAGCAGCCAAUCAGAUCCCUCCUGAGUGUGUUGACAUGGUGACAGAAGUCAGAGGGUUUGCCGAUCUGCAAAAGGAGCAUUAUUUCACUAAGAGAAUCAGGGAUGAGAAGAAGGCCUGGAGGAUCAUCUCCCACAUCAAAAAAACAAGAUCUCUCCACAUCAUGUGCCACAUCCCCAUUUUCUGCUGGAUCACAGCCACAGUUCUGGAGGAUGUGUUCAAAACCAGGGACAGAGAAAAGCUGCCAAAAACUCUGACUGAGAUGUACAUCCACUUCCUUGUGGUUCAGACCAAAGUAAAGAGCUUGAAGUAUGACGGAGAAGCUGGGUUGGAUCACUGGAGUCCAGAGAACAUAAAUAUGAUCAAGUCUUUGGGAAAACUGUCAUUUGAGCACCUGCAGAAAGGAAACUUAAUCUUUAAUAAAUCAGAUCUGGAAAAAUGUGGCAUUGACAUUCGAGCAGUCUCCAUUUCUUCAGGAGUGUUCACUCAGAUCUUCAAAGAGGAGAAGGGAGGUCUGCAUCAAAACAAGGUGUUCACUUUUGUGCAUCUGAGUGUUCAGGAGUUUCUAGCUGCUCUUUAUGUCCAUUUGAUGUUCUUCGACUCUGACGUCAAUCUUCUGGAAGAUGAGAACUCAUCUGAGUUUGAAGAUUUCUACCAGAGUGCUGUGAAUAUGACCCUCAAAAGUCCCAAUGGACAUCUUGACUUGUUCCUCCGCUUCCUCCUGGGCCUUUCACUGCAGAGCAAUCAGACUCUGCUGCAAGGCCUCCUGAGAAAGACGAGUGUCAGCACACAGACGGAUAUUAGCCCAAUUACCAUUGAAGUUACAAGAAAAUACAUCAAAAAGAAGCUAAAUGAAGGUCUUUCUGUAGACAAGAGCAUCAGUUUGCUUUACUGUCUGAAUGAACUGAAUAAUCAUUCCUUAGUGAAAAAGAUUCAAGAGUCUUUGGCCUCCGAGCAACUUUCCACAGAUGAGCUGUCACCUGCAGACUGGUCAGCACUCGCGUUCCUUUUACUGUCCUCAGAAAAAGACCUGGAUGUGUUUGAGCUGAAGAAAUACUCUGCUUCAGAAGAGGCUUUCUUCAGGCUGCUGCCUGUAGUGAAAGCAGCAAACAAAGCUCUGCUGAGUGGUUGUAACCUGUCAGAAGGAAGCUUUGAAUCGUUGUCCUCAGUGCUCAGCUCCCACUCAUCUGUCCUGAGAGAGCUUGACCUGAGUAACAACGACCUCAAGGACUCAGGAGUAAAUCAGCUGUCAGCUGGUCUCAAGAGUCCUUAUUGCAAACUGGAAAUACUCAGGUUGAGUCUCUGUAACCUCAACAAGAAGAGCUGUGAGAUGCUGUCCUUUGUGCUCAGCUCCAAAUCCUCUAUUCUGAGAGAAAUGGACCUGAGCAACAAUGACUUGGAGGAUGUGGGGGUGAAGCUGCUCUCUUCUGGACUGGAGAGUCCUCACUGCAAGCUCCAAAAACUCAGGCUGUCUGGCUGCUUGGUAACAGAGGAGGGAUGCAGGUCUCUGUUCUCAGCGCUGAGCUCCAACCCGUCCCAUCUGACAGAACUGGACCUGAGCUACAACCAUCCGGGAGAAGCAAUAGUGAAACUUUUCUCUGCAAAGCUGCAAGAUCAAAACUGGAAACUGGAUGUUUUAAGGAUGGAGCCUUUUGGAGAACAAUGGUUGAGACCCGGCCUGAGAAAAUAUUACUUUAAGCCCACAUUUGACCCAAACACUGUUAACAGACAGAUAAAACUGUCUGACAGUAGGGUCAUACAUGUGCGAGAGGACCAGUCAUAUCCUGACCACCCAGAGAGAUUUCAGGACUGUCCUCAGCUGCUGUGCAGUGAGGAUCUGACUGGUCGCCAUUACUGGGAGGUGGAAUGGAGCGGAUGGGUGGAUGUUUCAGUGAGUUACAGAGGAAUAAGCAGGAGAGUGGAGAGAGCAGACUGCAGGUUUGGUGGGAAUGAGCAGUCCUGGAGUCUGAGCUGUUCAGAUGGGGGUGGGUACUAUGUUUACCACCAGAAAAAAAGAUCAUUUGUCUCACACUCAUCCGCUGCGCCCAAGAAGGUAGUGGUGUAUCUGGAUUAUCCGGCUGGAAGUGUGUCGUUCUUCAGAGUCUGUGAUGAUGCUCUGAUUCACCUCUACACCUAUAAUACCACCUUUACUGAACUUCUGCGUCCGGGGAUCGGCUUUAGAUUCAGGCUCAGGUCCAACACUGAUUCCUUUGCAUCGUUAUGCUCCCUGUGAUUACAGUUUGCAAUGACUGACCCGACGGCUCAGUCUACUACAGCAUUAACUCCACCCACUAUGUAUUGAUUUAUAUUUGAUGUCUGUUUUAUUGUUUAUAUUUUUUAACUUUGAUAUUUUGUCUUUUAGUUUUUGUACUUGCUGCAGUGUCAAUUGCCCAUUUGGGACACAAACAAAUCUGAAUCUGAAUCAGCAAAUUAAUCUUUCACAGGACUGAAAUACAUACGAGUAUUAGGGCCACAAUAAGAAAAUGAAAAAAUAAAAUAAAGUCAUAGUAUUAUGAGAAUAAUUUUAUUCUUUUAGUACUAGAGCUUUAUUCUCGUAAAACUGACUAUUCUUUUACAAUUGUAUUCUUGCAAUGUGACUUCAUUCUCAUUAUUUCAUUAACUCUGUAGCCAUAGUUUAAAAUAGUAUCUUAAGUAAUAUUGAAAAUAUCAUCAGCAAAAGUAUGAAACGUGAUCAAAUCUAUUACAUUUAUUUUUAACAAGGUCAGCAGGUGAAACAGCUGGAAUACUUUGUGUUUUGCGUCCUGCCCUCUGGUGGACAUUAUGUUGAAAGACAUCAGAGCUGGAGAAAAAAAAAGUUUACUGUAUAAAUGAUCAAAGUGACAUUAUGUAGUUAGGGGAAAAAUCUAAAAAUCCCUUUAGAUUACUUUGUAAUUAAAUUAAUUUCUGUUUUUUGACCAGGCUUAAUCUUGUCCGGAUCACUGCACAAACAACUCUUCACCAGUUAAUACAGUAAAGUGUAAAGAAAAUGUAAGGAAUAAAUAAAAAUGUAAUUCUGUAGAAAUAUUUUCUCUGCCAUUUUAUAGUUUCGUUUUUUAGUUUUAUUUCCCAAAAUAAAUGCUUCAGCUGGAAUGAGCACACAUGUUGGUCAAUAAUAUUGAUUUAAUUCAAAUUACCAUGUAAAAGCAGAGUGGUUUUAUGCUAAAUUAAUGAUAAAUUUCUUUUGCAACAUGAGCAUCAAUCUGUUAUGUAACAAGAGCAAACAUAAUAUAGUGACUUUAAAUUAAAUUUUACAUGUAAUCACAUUCUGGCAGAAGCAAAUUCAGAACUGAAACGAGGCUCAUAAAGUGUUUAUAAAGAUUUAUUUAAGGACACUUUAGGCUUUUCAAUAUCCAGAAAAGCAGUUAAACAUAUUUACACUUAUUUACAUAAGGAUAAAGCUAUGUAAAAUGUUAAUACUUCCAUUUGAGUUCCCUUCUGCAAUGGUAAUGUUGAUUUAGUGGUUGAAACGUGUUGAUCUGCUGCAGAACUUAACUAAAAACAAUGUAACUGUGCCACUGUGGCUCAGUUACAUCAGAAAAGUUAUUAGAAAGUUAAAAUUAACUGAAGUAAAACUCACUUUUCUUAAUAUAAGAAACACAGAUACAGGUAGAAGUAGACAGUAUCACAAUAUUGAGUUUGAUAAUCACAUUGUGUCAAAAAUGUCACAUACAUUAAAAAUAAUUUUUUUUUUCUCAUUUUAGUGAAUUCUAAAAAUUACACCUCAACCCUUUUAGUCUAAAAAGAAAUCCCAAUUAAAUCAGUUAUUAUUCAAAAUUCAUUAAGAAAAUCCAAAUGUGUCAGUACUUGCAUGUCUAACGUACAUAAUGUCAUUAAAAUAACAUUUUCAGAUCUUCUUCCCUGCUGCAUUUUUUAUCCAACAGAUCAUCACAUGAAUGCCAUGUAACACUGUGCAAUAAAAACCAUUAUGUGCCUGUAAUUUCCCCCACAGACAGGAACAUGUGACAUCAUUAUAAAAACCUCCAGAUGUGCAAACUCAGCUCAGAUUCAGAUGCAGGACUGAUCCAUAACAGACUUUACCAUCUUCAAGGAACACACACAUUUUUUUUUUUGGCAAGCAAAACGUUUUGUUGACACCUAAGUCAUCCAUCUGUCAGUUUACUUUUACAUUGCAACCUAAAAAGAGCUCAAAUGCAAUUAAAACAUGAAUCUAAAACUCAGAUUUGUCUUACUAUGAAAGAACAUUGGGUCAUAAGGUGUAAUUGUGUUUUAAGUAGAGGAAAAUUUCCACAGAAUAGCUGAACUCAUAAAAUUAUUGGAGAAAAGUAAAAGCAACAUGGAUGAUCUUGAAUAACCUUUUGCAGUUUUUCCUUCAUUUUUACUUUUUGACACUUUUUAUCAAACUUAUUGAACAAGUUUGUCCAGCCAGGCAAAACUAAUGUGUCCUAUGUUUCAGUUCAUGCACUCCAGCCAAUUAAACUUUCUCAAAGACCUUCAGGCUACACUUGGCCUCCAUAAAUGUAUUUUUAUCGUCACUUAAUAAUUUACUAAAUUGUGCAACAAUUCUUUGUGCAAUUUCUUUUCUUCUUUGCUGUUACAGCCGCUCAUUCAUUGAUUAUUUAAACAUCAGAGUAUCCCAUUUGCAACAAAUUUGUUAAGAAAUAAUUAAAAAUAAUUU